AUGAGAUGAAAAAUGAGUAUGUAAACAUAUUAUGGAACUCCCCUACUUCAGUAGUGGACUCUUCCAGAUCCACACUGCAAUUUCGCAAGAUGGCGGAGAGCGGUGGAGAGGAAGACCUGCCGAGCCCGGAACAAGUCUCUACAAAACCUCGGGUUGUGACCAUCUACAAAACAGACACAGGCUUUGGGUUCAACGUUCGAGGGCAGGUGAGCGAAGGAGGCCAGUUGAGGAGCAUCAACGGGCAGCUGUACGCGCCUCUGCAACAUGUUUCCGCCGUCCUCGAGGGAGGAGCGGCCCACAAGGCUGGCAUCCAGAGAGGGGAUAGAAUCCUUGAAGUAAAUAAUGAGAAUGUUGAAGGUGCUACUCACAAAAGAGUGGUGGACCUGAUCAAGUCAGGAGGGGACUCUCUCACGCUGAAGGUCGUCUCAGUGUCCAGAAAGGAAGCGGCGCGCCUGGAUGCCCAGGGCGACGACAACUCUGCCUCCUACGCCUGCGUAGACUACAGCGAGAAGAGAGCUCUUCCCAUCUCCGUACCAGACUACAGGACAGUAGAAACUUCGGCCGAGAAAUUUGUGGUGUACAAUAUCUACAUGGCAGGGAGACAACUGUGUGCCAGGAGGUACCGGGAAUUUUCCAACCUUCAUCAGACCCUCAAGAGGGAGUUCCCAGAAUUCCCUUUCCCCAAAAUGCCUGGCAAGUGGCCCUUCACCCUGUCUGAGCAGCAGCUGGACGCCCGCAGGCGCGGUCUGGAACAGUACCUGGAGAAGGUCUGCUCCAUCAGAGUCAUCGCGGAGAGUGAUGUCAUGCAGGAGUUCCUGGCUGAUAUCACAGAAAAAGAUCCCAACCCUGAGUGGACUGUCAACAUUAACGUGCACUCUCUGGUGAAUAGUGGGACAGCAGAGGUAGACCUGAGAGUCCUGUUACCAGACAGAAGUACACUCACUGUCACCAUCAGGAGAAACAACAACACAGACCAGGUCUAUGAUGCUGUAGUAGACAAGCUGGGGCUUGAUGAGGAACUUCUUCCCUACUUUGGACUGUUUGAAAUUAUGGACACAAACUUUGAGAGAAAAUUGGUACCUACAGAGUUCCCCCAUAACCUGUACAUCCAGAACUACACGACGGCAGCCUCCACAUGCAUCGCUCUGCGGAAAUGGCUCUUUGACCUACAGCGAGAACUCCAGCUGACGCACCUGGACAUGGCCAACACCUUCUUCUACUGGCAGGCUGUAGAUGAUGUAGGGAAGGGCAGGAUCAGACCAGGCGACCACAUUUAUGAACUAAAGUCUCUGCAGGACAGGGGCAAGAAACAAGAGUAUUUGAAGCUGGUGCGGAAGUGUGAAGGCUACAAUGAGAUUGCAUUCCCCCACUGCCCUUGUGACUCCAGGAAAAAGGGCCACGUCAUAGUAUCCCUGACUAUAGAACACUUCAUACUCACAGCUUGUACAGAGGAGGGGGAACCAGAGAGUCAGGUGAUCACGUUCAGCUGGGAGGAGAUGACCCAGUGGGAGGUGGAUGAUGAGGGCAUGGCCUUCUGUUUCCAGUACCAGCGAGGGGAGAAGAAGCCACGCUGGGUCAGGAUCUUCUCCCCACAUUUUGUGUACAUGUUUGACUGCUUCGAGAGGAUCGUCCAGGAACUAGGUACAGUCACAGCAGCAAAUGGAGGCCAGGAAGAUGAUAGUUCACCCAUGAAGGUGGAUGCCCAGAAAUCAAAGAAGGUGUUUGAGACGAUCAAUGACCCUGACCUUUGAAGGAUGAGAAGUGUUCGUCGCAACAUUCCCUGUGAUGUCGGCUAGUAAGUCUGCCAACUCUUGAAGCACACAACAUGGCAGAUAGUUUUGUAACCUUUGUGUAAUAUCUGGUAGUCGACAAAGUUUCAGGACUGUGAAAUAAUAAUGCCAACUAUAACUACUCUUUAUUCAGGAGAUGUUUUUGCCAGGAAGAAGCCAUUAUGAAGUGCUAAGUUCCCAAAUGCAAUUUUUUAAUUAAAAGUUUAACAUAAAUUGUUCAAAGCAUUCAGCGGAUGAAAACAGUUUGAAUGCAAAUGGCUGGAUAGCAGAGAUGAGUGUACUAAUUCCCUGGGUUAAUUGAAUACAUGUAAUACUAUAUGAAUGUUGUAUAAAGUGUACUGUCGUGUUUGUUGUUACUGAUAGGUAAAAUGUCCAACAAUAGUUAUAUAAAACUGCCUGUUUAAAAGUGUUUUAUUUCAAGGAAAGAUUGUUCGUUUCCGCUCUCUGACAGUAUCUGCUAUAUUUUAUAUAGUCCAAGCCAAGCCUGUAAUUUUGGUGCCAGAUCAAUGCAUCUUGUGAGUUGUUGUAGACAACGUAAGAAAUCAGACUAUUAAGGAAACUUUGUCUCAGUAUAAAUGUACAUGUAAGUAUCUAUCGAGCCCUGAAUUAUGAUCAGUGAGAGUUUGUGUUACACAGACUAGGAACAACAUGUAGGGAAAAUUUCUCUCGCCACAUUACCAGUGUUGCUCUACAUGUUAAAACAUGCUGUAAAUUUGGACUUGUAAAGAUGAUAUGUAUUCCAUGAAGUACUUGCGGGGAGAGGUGACCUGGUUGAUCCAUUCAGGGAGUUUUUGUGUUGAGUUUUUCAGGAUCAGCCAUGCGAGACGUAAGGAAAACUGUGCCAUAACAGAGGCUGUUAAUAUCUUCUGUGAGAAGCUGGAUGAUUGUGAUGAUACAUGUUGAUCUGGUUAAAGGAUGAACAUCUGGGUUAAUUUUAUAGAUGUUUGUAGUUUGUACUUGUAGCGAGAGUUUUCCUGUUUGUUUUUUCAGUAGUAGGAUCAUCAUAUGGUGAGCAGAAGAAAACUAAGAUCUCGAGACUCAAGUAGCAAAGGAGUGUUAUGGUCUUCAAGUAACAAAGAGUAAGAAAUUGUUGUGGAAAUUCGGUAGGCUUUUGUGUACUAUUAUAUCAGAGUGAUUUUUCUGUGUCCAGAAAAGGAUAGAGCAGUUGGACUGUAUGGAAAUUGUUAGUGCAAUGUUGUUUGUUGUCCAAAUUUAUUCAGGUCAACUGUUAUGACAGUUAGUCAAUUUUUUUUAAAUGUCCCGCAACUAAAUUAAGAUUAUGAAUCAUUAUAGCUGUUAAGUUUUUCAUGUCCAGCAACUACAUGUAAAUCAGCAUUAUAAUUGUAAAUUAGUGCUUGCAUCCAUGUGAAUAGUUGGCACUUGACAUUAGGUUACCCUACACUCUGCAUGUAGAUGAAGAGAACUGUUCUGACAUGUAUUCUCAAGCAUGUUACAUGUACAAAUGUAGUUCCUAACAGACUUUCUUUUGUUGCUUUCAUAAGGUUUUGGAUGUUUUGUAUGUACCACAUGUGAUAAGUUUAAUGUACACAGAAAUUAUAUAAUAUGCCUUAUUUCUAAAUCUUAGUUUAUAUCAUUACAAAAUUCAUGACUGAAUCAUCAUAGACUUCGAGCCAUCUUUAAAAUAGUUUUAGUUUAUCUUAUUUUUACUAAAUUUCCUCAACUCUUCCAUUUUGUAACACUUUAGUAUUACAGUAUUGCCUUUACUAUAUGUGUGCACAACACCAUAUACAGCUCGUAAAUCUUAGAAUGUACUAGUAGAACUACUACAAUGUAGUGCUUUGCUUUAUAUGCUACAUUCCAGUGUGCUCUGAAUUGACUGAAUCCUUGACUAGCAAUAUUUGCUGCAUUGCCAACAUGUACCUUUGAUUUGCUUUGACCAUUGUGUUGUAUAGCAUCACUGAUAUAAAAUACUUCAGCAUAUUGUCUUAUAUCUCUCAGUUUUUCCAUUGUGUUCUAUACCAUGGUUGGGAACUCAUCACAUUUUAUUCACAAGAAAAUUAGGAUUUCUUUUAGGCCUAUUGGGUGCCAUACAGCCCUUCAUUUUGCUGGUACACUGGUUAGUACCCUUGUGAACCCUUGACAAUGACAUGACUUCAUGUAAAAGUACCAUCUGUCAAGAAAAGGUACGAUUCAUUCUGAGUGCAAGGAGCUGAGUGUAAGUUUGGUCCCAAGAAGGCAUUAGGGUCCAAGCCUAUAUAUAAUCACCAUUGAUUGUGAAAUAGCGUAUAAGAAACAUGUACAUAUUUUAUCUGUAGAAUAAAUGUAUUGUUCGGGCAAGACCGUGGACACAAGAUGUCAGAGGAAAACUUGAAGUAUAGAAGUAAUGGGUAUUGUGUUAACCAAACCUAAACAAAAGGAAUUAAUUCCAUGGCUUCAUACCUUUGCCAGGUAAUUUUGUCUCAUUACAAAUGAAUGCAAAGAAGUGUCUUAUCA